GUCGUAGAUCGCAUUUUUUCAUCCCUCACACGGAAUAGUCCCCUCGAUGCGCAUCCGCUUGAGAAUUUGAACGUUUUCGCUCUUGAUUAUACAUCGUCACCGCUCUUCAGACAUUCGCAUAAUUAUCGCCAUCUCGACCCCCCUUAGAAAUGGGUCCUCAAGCCAAAAAGAGAAAAGUCGCCAGCAAAGUCGAGGAGAUUAACUUCGACUCUGCUGACCGUGAAUCGUUUCUUACAGGCUUUCGCAAGCGCAAACAACAAAGAAUCAAACAUGCACAAGAAGUGGCAAUCAAGAAAGCGAAAGAGAUGAAAAGGGAAGAGCGCAAAAGGAUUCGGGAAGAACGAACUGCUGGGUUUCAGCGUGCCAUUGAAGAACAUCGAAGACAACUUAAGAAGAUGCAAGCAGCGGAGGAUGGCAGCGAUGCUUCUGGCCAAGAUAGUGAGGACGAGGGAAACGAGGAGGAAGAUUGGGAGGGGUUCGCGGAACCCCCCGCUGUGGACUACGAAGCCGAAUAUAUCGACGAAGACAGAUACACAACGGUAACAGUAGAGGAGAUGGAUACUUCAAAAGAAGGGCUUUUGCGAUCGGCAGUCGACGGAUCCGACAGUGAAAUCGAAGACACGGGGUCAAGCUCCAAGGUGGCCGCUGCCAAUACCAGUUCCUCCUCCGAACAAAGCAAGAAGCGAAAGUCUGACAACAAGCCCAAGAAGAAGAAGAAGAAGUUCCGUUACGAGAGCAAGGAAGACCGCAAGGUGACCAGGAUUAAGGAGCGCGCAGCUAAAUCGAGGAAGGCAAACGCUCGACGCGAGCGUUCAUGAGAUUCAUGGGCUUGACUUGAUAUAUUUCCAGAGAUCGUGCCAAUGCACAUGGACACUCCUAUUAAAUAUACUCUAUGUACCUUCGGGCGAUGAUGAAAAUGUUCGACGUCGAGUGAAAGAAUAGGCAAGAUUGCGAGGACGAGCGGAAAACCGGUUGAUGGGAACAAUAACAAGCCAGCUAGAUGACAAGACGGACAGAGACUGCCAAAGCCGCUUCCUGCCGACGGGAACGAAAGAAAUCAGGCUGUGAUGUGCAGAGAUAGAGAGCUAAAAGGAUAGUAUAGGUGGAAAGAAAAAGCUGGGCCCCCUGGUUGCCGGUAAUCUGCGCCACCCUGGCCUUUAGACGUUGCUAAUAGAGACCUCGAGGUCGUG